AUGCCAAAAUUUAAAGAUCAUUUCAUUGAAAGUGGUAUACCAAAUAUGGAACGUGCUGAAAUUAUUUUAACAAGGAUUGCACCAUUAUCUAAUUAUGAAGAUAUAAUUGAUAGUCGAGUUAUUUGUGUUAAAUAUCGAAAUUUAUCAUUCGAUGAUGAUAAUAUAUUUACAGCUAAAUUAUUAGAUAAUGUUUCAAUAUUACCAAUAACAUUAAAACCUCAAGAUUCCAACCAAAUGACAUCUUAUCGAUCAAAUAUAGGUUUGCACUGGCUCAACCUAUGA